AUGUCCGGAACCGGUGCGAUUUUCCUCGCGAUUGUUGUUGAUGAGUCCGUUGCGGAUGACGAGCUGGACUCUCUAGAGUCGAUGUACGACAGUCACGAUAUGAGCCUCACAGCCAUCCGACCAUGGAACUGCUCCUUCGACGUCAAUGAGCAGCAUUUUGCCAUCAUCCGCGAUCUAGUCGACUACUCUACUCGCGACACCCAGUGGGCUGUCAUCAUCGACGACGAUACCUUCUUCCCGUCCCCAUAUUCGAUUACACAACUCUUGGCAAGCUACGAUCCAACCGUGCCGACAUACAUCGGGGGCCUCACCGAAAGCCCGGGGGCAGUGGAAUACUUUGGCGUCAUGGCCUACGGGGGGGCUGGCGUCUUCAUGAGCAUGCCCCUGAUGCAGCAGCUCGAUUCUCGCGUGGAAGACUGUCUUGCCGAGAGCCUCACGCGAGAAGGUGACGGACUAUUGAGCAACUGUAUACGCAAUCAUACGCAGACGGAUCUGACGGCCAUCCCCGGGCUGUAUCAGCUCGAUAUGAGGGGGGAUUUGAGCGGGUUUUACGAAUCAGGCGUAUUCCCACUGAGUCUGCAUCACUGGAAGUCAUGGCACCAGGCCCCGGUGGACAAGAUGGCCAAGAUUGCCGAUUUCUGCGGAGAUUGCUUCCUGCAACGAUGGAAGUUCGACGGGGACACGGUUCUCGCCAACGGAUACAGCAUCAGCGUGUACCAAGACGGCAUAAGCCAAGAGGAUCUGGAUGCCAUCGAGGGAACAUGGGAAGCGGCCAUGGGCUACGAGGCCACCAUGGGCAAGAUGAGAGGAAAGACGGAGGAGGGCAAGAAGAAGAGCUACCGCCUCAUUGACGCCGAAGAGGUGGACGGCAACUUGCGGCAGGUGUUUCUACACCACGGAGUUUCGGACUUGGAUUACGACGGCGAGGAGGAGGCAAUGGAUGAGAUUGUGGAGAUUUGGUGGGAGUGGACGCGAGACUGA